CGCCCAACUCUAAGGAAGAAGAAGGAGGAGGAGGAGGAGGAGGAGGAGGAGGAGGAGGAGAAGACAGGAGCCGGGACGCUACUCUUCCCACGAAACUCCGGCUGGCUCCCCAGCAUCCUUGGAUUUGCUGGCCUAGAAGAGCCGCCCUUCUUGCAAAGCCCAGCAUGGAUUCUCCUCUAAACCUGGAUCCAGGGUCCCCGUCUUCCACCACUCGGACGGAUCUUCCAGUCCCCCUGAAGAAGUUUUUUCAGGGUGAACCUCUGGCUCUGGGGGUGCAAGGCGCGCUGGCAAUGAAUGCGAUAAGCGCCAUAACGGCUGGUAUUGGCAUCAUAUUCCUGGGUCUCACAAUCACAAUUUUUACCUUUCAUUUCAAGUAUAUUUGCUCUAAACAUGGAAUAGAAUCUAGGGAAAGCUGUCCUGAAAUUUAUAAAAUGGAAGGAAUUUUGGCUGUUCUUACUGUGUUCAAUCUCCUGGAGCUCUGCAUCGCCACCUCUUUUGCAUCGUUUGGCUGUAAGAUGCUCUGCCGAAAUGCCUUCACUGAAACGGUUGUGGUCAUUUAUCAGAAUGCGCCUCCUGCCAGUGCUGAAAAUCCAUCCAUCGGCUGCAAAGAGCCAGAAUCCCCCUGAGUGGCUUUCCCGUCAUGGCAGCUAUUCCGGAGUGCAUUGGCUCCUGCAAAAUGGAAGCCUUCAGCUUUUUUAAGGAAUUACAUUGGACUUUUUACUCAGGGGAAGAUAAAAAUAUUGAAUGGGCUAAGCAAAGCACCACGUAAAAGGUCUUGAGAAUGUUGCUGUUCUUUGUUGCUGGUUAAAAUAUUUCCGUAUAUGAUGGUUGGCACCUGUACCAAGUUAUGUUUUGCUGUUGGAAAAUGCCCUGUUGGUGGGUUUAUAAAACAUGUUAUGGAUAAACCAGAGUUCCCCGAUUAUAAUGGUUGCAUCACAGACCAGGCAAAGUCCAAAACUCACCUCGACAGAGCUUAGCAACCAUCAAAUGCUUGCAACCCAUUCCAGAAAUUGAUGUGUGGGAUGUAAUUGUGUUCAUGGGAAUUGUUCAAAUAAAAGGCUCAGCAGCCAUAUAUAGUCCCAUGAAAAUGAAAGAGCCAAAUUUAUAGCCAGAACUUAACAUUUUUAGCCAAUUUGUUCUAGUGGUUGAAAUACCAGGCUAGAAACCAGGAGACUGUGAGUUCCAUGUUCUAGUCCCACCUUAUAUAGAAAAGCCAGCUGGGUGACUUUAGGCCAGUCCCUCCCUCGGCCCAACUCACUUUGUUUUGGUGGGGGGGAAAAAGGAAGAGGAAGGAACGUUAGCUACGUUUGCUACCUUAAAUUUUUUAGAAAAAUAAUAAAGACAGGCUAUAAAUGUAUAGAUCAGAAGACAAGGCUUGUGGAACAACUUGCCUCCAGAAGCUGCGAAUGCUCCAACACUGGAGGUUUUUAAGAAGAUGUUGGAUAACCAUUUGUCUGAAGUGAGUGGUGUAGGGUUUCCUGCCUAAGCAUGGGGUUGGACUAGAAGACCUCGAAGGUCUCUUCCCACUCUGGUAUUCUAUUCUAUUCUAUUCUAUUCUAUUCUAUUCUAUUCUAUUCUAUUCUAUUCUAUUCUAUUCUCCUCUCCUCUCCUCUCCUCUCCUCUUCUCUUCUCUUCCUUUCUCUUCUCUUCUCUUCUCUUCUCUUCUCUUCUCUUCUCUUCUC